GCUAUAUUACAAUAGGUCACGGUGUCGUCGUCCGCAUAGAACAAGAACUCUUCCAGCAUCUUAUACAGAACUCUUCCUUCCAGGGACGAAAGGGAAAGGAAUAGUAUUACUUGCGUUGUCCAACGCAGCAAAUUAACGAAAUAUACCAGUCCGAAGAACAGAACAGAACUAGAAUCACGGUCGUAGGUUGUUGAUCGAGGCGCCUCACGAAGUUUUUCAGCUAAACAAAUUCCGAAUCAUGGGGAAACAGAAAGGAGAAGGAAACAGAACCAAGGCACGUCCCUCCAGCAGCAGUAUGGCUGCUUCGCUCUUGGCGUCGAAUACUGCCGCAGUUGGAUUUGGAGGCUACGUGGGUAGUUCGCGGGUAGAGUCUUCUCUCUCCACCGAAGAUGCCGUCGUCCCCUUUUUGGACAUUGAUGCUGAAAUUGCUCUACACUUGAAGAGGCUUGCUAGGAAGGAUCCAACCACCAAGAUUAAAGCUUUGGCAUCUUUGUCUACAAUUCUCAAGCAAAAAUCCAGCAAGGAAGUACUACCAAUCAUUCCACAAUGGGCAUUUGAGUAUAAGAGGCUGUUGUUGGACUACAAUAGAGAGGUUCGGCGAGCCACUCACGACACAAUGACUCUUCUUGUCGCUGCUGUUGGGAGAGACUUAGCCCCACAUCUGAAGGCUUUGAUGGGACCGUGGUGGUUUUCCCAGUUUGAUCCAGCUUCUGAAGUUUCUCAAGCUGCGAAGCGGUCAUUGCAGGCAGCCUUUCCAGCACAGGAGAAGAGACUAGAUGCCUUGAUUUUAUGUACAGCUGAGAUUUUGAUGUAUCUGGAAGAAAAUUUGAAUCUCACUCCACAGAGUAUUUCUGACAAAGCCACUGCUUUGGAUGAACUGGAAGAGAUGCACCAACAGGUGAUUUCUUCGUCACUGCUAGCAUUGGCCACUUUCCUUGAUAUUUUGGUGGGGUUGGAGUUUGAAAAACCUGGUUUUGAAAAUACAGCUGCUGAACCCAAAAAAACUUCAAAAGCACGGAGCAAAGCCAUUACAUACGCAGAGAAAUUGUUCUCUGCACAUAAGUACUUUCUAGAUUUUCUGAAGUCCCGGAGCCCUGGUAUUCGAUCAGCUACAUAUUCGGUGUUAAGGAGUUUCAUUAAAAACAUUCCUCAAGCUUUCGAUGAAGGAAACAUGAAAACUCUGUCAACGGCAAUUCUUGGUUCUUUCCAGGAAAAGGAUCCAGCUUGCCAUUCGCCAAUGUGGGAUACUAUGUUGCUCUUCUCCAAAAGGUUUCCAGACAGUUGGGCCAUCGCAAAUUUUCAGAAAAGCCUGGUGAAUCGAUUCUGGCAAUUUCUUAGGAAUGGAUGCUUUGGAUCCCAACAAGUUUCCUAUCCAGCUUUAGUUCUAUUUCUAGAUGCUAUUCCUCCUAAAUCAAUAGCGGGGGAGAAGUUCUUCCUUGAAUUUUUUCAGAACUUUUGGGCCGGAAGAAACCCAUCACAUUCCUUGAAUGCAGAUCGACUAGCAUUUUUCCAGGCAUUUAGAGAAUGCUUCCUUUGGGGAUUGGAAAAUGGUUCAAGAUAUUGUUGUGGAGCGGAUGCCACUCAUUCUUUACAACUUACUCUCGUUGACAAGAUCCUUCUAAAGCUUUUGUGGCAUGACUACCUACCGAUCAACCCUGCAAAACAGAAUGGAGUCUUCUCCGGGCAAUUGAGGGAUCCAUCUGAGAGUAAUGUUCAACCUCUUCAUGAGGAAACAGCGGGGGCAGUCAAGAUCAAGUAUCCAAUGGGUUACAUGCAAGACGUGGGGACAUGCAUCAUUGAGAUCCUUUCAGGCAUUUACUCACUUGAGCAUGAUCUGCUCUUCCCUUUCUGUGCAGUAUUUCAAGAGAACUGCUUGGAGAUAUUUCAGCAAACAGAAAAUAUAGAAAACUCGUCAGAGAUUAUAGAACGGGUCAUCAACUUUUUAUUGUUAUUAGAGCAACAUGCAGUGCAGAAAGGUGAAACAUGGCCUUUGUUCAAAAUGGUGGGACCAAUGCUGGGGAAGUUAUUCCCACUGACAAGAACACUUGACUCACCAGAUAUCGUGAGACUUGCAUCAGUUGCAGUGUCAGUAUUUGGCCCACGCAAGAUAAUUGGAGAACUUGUCUGCCACGAUAGCACUUCCUCUAGUAGUCUUUCUGGUAGCACAAACAGAGAAUUGGACUCAGACCAGUUUCUGCAGCUGUACAAGGAAAUGUUUGUUCCUUGGUGCCUGCAAGGGAAUGGUCCUUCCACCAGUGCUCGGAUAGAUCUCUUGCUUGGGUUACUUGAUGAUGAAAGCUUUUCAGAACAGUGGCAUGGUAUUAUAACAUAUGCAACUGAUCUAGAGCUUUUUGGAGGUAGGCCUGAAACUCCAGACCCCAACUACGUACUUGUCUUGGCAAUGCUCAUGGAAAAAGCUAGAGUAGAACUUAGGAAGAGAAAGGAAGGUGUUAAUCUUGUUCGUCGGCAAGGCUCCCACCCAGAUCACUGGCAUCAUGAACUUCUUGAUUCAUCUGCUGUUUCUAUAACCCGUUCGUCCUUCAGAAGUUCUGAUGCUCGGUUUAUACGGGCUGUUCUUGGUGGCUCAACAGAAGAUGAUCAAACUUCUUUUUUGUCUAGAAAUGCUAAGAUCCUUGUAUUCCAAGAGCUCCACAUGAAGUUAGUAACUUUCACCAUGGAUUCUACUUUUAACUGGGUUAGGGAUGCACGUUCUUUACUAAUAGAUGAUUCUGUGCCAAGAACUGAACCUUCAAUGGAUGUGCUUGAAAGGGCUCAGUUUUCACUUGAAGUGCUUGACGGCAGCUUCUUUUGCUUAAAGACUAUUGAAGAUGAAACUGAGUUAGUCUCAGCUACUUUAGCGGCAAUUUUUCUGAUUGACUGGGAAUACCGUAUGGCAGUAGCAUCCAAUGAUGCACUCGAUGAUGAAACUGCUAGAAAAAUGAAGGCCAGGAUGGAUUUUGGUGCAUCAGUGCAUGCAUUUUGUGGCCAGAUAAGUAGUUCAUUCUUUAAAAGCCUCAGCAGAGACCUUAGAAACAGUUUGGGAAGUAUUUUGGUUCAGUCUAUUAGGUUUGCCAUAUUCGAGGAAGAUAAAUUUGAUGCUGGUAAACUAACAUCUUUGUGCUGCCUUUGGAUGCUUGAGGUUCUUGAAUGUCACUGUCUGGAUCAGUUCGAGGAACACAAAUUGUUGGACCAGUUUUUGAGCAACGGUGAUUUCUGGCCUUUGUGGGUCUUGCCAGAUUUCAGUACUGGAGGAAGAUCAGCCAUCUUGAGGAUUGAAAAGAUCUCUGUUAACGCAUCCAGGAAUCCCGUACUUGUUGCUGUAAUCGAUAAUCUUAUAUCUAAGAUUGGGAUUCACAGGGUUCUGGCUGACUCUGAUACAAGCACAUCAUCACCUGAGCAAGAAAUAAAUGAACUCAUCAGCUCUCAAUCUCCUUAUUGUCGAGCUUGGCUUGCUGCCGAAUUAUUAUGCACAUGGAAAUGGCAUGGUGGCAGUGCAUUGAACUCUUUCUUGCCUUCACUGAGUACAUAUUGCAAGAGUGCAAAUUGCUUCCAUAAAGAAAGUUUGUUAGACUCCAUAAUUACCAUUUUGCUUGAUGGCGCUCUUGUUCAUGGAGCUAGUAGUAAAGUGAGCCUUGCCUAUGUAUGGCCUGUUUCAAAUGAUGAAAUUGAGGGUGUGGAAGAACCCUUCUUAAGAGCUAUCGCGUCUUUACUUUUUACUCUUUUUAAAGACAGUAUAUGGGGAAAGGACAAGGCUAUGUUACUUUUUAAAUUGCUUGUAAACAAGCUUUUCAUUGGUGAAGAAAUUAACUUGAAUUGUUUGAGGAUUCUUCCUUUAAUUAUGAGUGUCCUUAGGCCAUUGGGCAUCGGGUGUGAAGAAUCAAAUCGAGAUGAUCAACUUGAUCCUUUGGAAGAAAAUCAAAUGCACGAUACUAUUGAGGACUGGCUCCAAAGGUCUCUGCUGUUACCUCCUUUAAGCACGUGGCAGACAGGAGGAGAGUUUCAUGCAGAAAUGGAAGGAUGGUACGAGUUGGUUAUAUCUUGCUUCCCCCUAAGUACAGUAGCUGGAACACAAGGGUUAAAACCAGAGAGAGAUAUCAGCCACAUGGAGCGAGCUCUCUUACUUGAAUUAUUACGUAAGCAGAGACAUGGUACUGGCUCAUCAUCUGCUGCUAAUAUGCUACCAACUGUGCAGAUGUUGCUAUCAAGGCUAAUGUUAGUUUCAGUUGGGUACUGCUGGAAGGAAUUUAAUGAAGAAGAUUGGGAGUUUGUAGUCUAUCGGCUCAGAUGGUGGAUUGAAUCAGCAGUGUUGAUAAUGGAGGAAGUAGCUGAAAAUGUUAAUGAAGCCCUAACUAACAUCUCUAUGACUCAUAACUCUGAAAUCGCGGUAGAGAAGCUUGAGCAUGCUGUCUUGGAGUUAAACCCUGCCCCUAUGAAGAUUGCUACUAACGCCCUUGCUGCUUUUUCACUGUUUUGUGGUCUUCUUGGAUUACAAGGGGAUGAAAAUGCCAGUAAUUUGAACCCCUUGAGGACUAGAUGGGAUGCCAUCAAAGAUCGGAUUCUAGAAGGUGUUCUUCGCUUAUUUUUUUCCACUGGUGCUGCUGAGGCCAUUGCAGGUUCCUGUUGCGAUGAGGCUUCAUUAAUUAUAUCAUCAACCAGACUCGAUCAUCCCCAGUUUUGGGAGUUGGUCGCUUCAAGUGUUGUAAUGUCUUCUGCAUAUGCUAGAGACAAAUCUGUGAAGUCAGUUGAACUUUGGGGGCUAAGCAAAGGGCCCCUAAGCUCUUUGUAUGCAAUCCUUUUUUCCUCCAAACCACUUCCUGCCUUGCAAUUUGCUGCCUUCGUUAUUCUCUCAUCUGAACCCAUUUCAAACCUUUCUAUCGUUAGAGAAGAUAUUGCAGGUUCCUUGAAUGGUGAUUUUGGCAACGAGGUUUCUUAUCAGCUCGAUUCGUCUUCAGAAGAAAAAAUUCGCUUGAGGGAGGAAAUUUUGUGCAUGCUUGAAAAAUUACCACACGAGAUUCUUGAAAUGGACCUGGCAGCACCGGAGCGUGUGAAUGUCCUUCUUGCUUGGUCUUUGUUGCUGUCACAUCUUCUAUCUUUCCCAUCAUCAUCCCCUCAAAGGGAAAGAUUGAUUCAACAUAUACAAGAGCAUGCCGAUUGGGCAAUAUUGGACUGCCUGUUCCAGCAUAUUCCACUUGAAUUAUGCUUGGCACAUAGCUUGAAAAAGAAAGACGUAGAGCUUCAUCCUGUGUUAUCAGAGGCUGCAUCUGCAGCUACACGCGCCAUCACAAGUAGUUCAGUUUUGUUUUGUGUGGAGUCACUUUGGCCUGUUAAACCAGAGAAAAUGGCUUCACUUGCUGGUGCAAUAUAUGGUUUGAUGCUUUGUAUUCUACCGGCUCAUGUUCGUGGGUGGUUUAGUGAUAUUCGUGACCGUUCUACUUCAUCGGCAAUUGAGCAUUUUACUAGAGUAUGGUGUAGCCCUCCACUAAUCAGAAAUGAACUGUCUCAGAUUAAGAAAGGUAGCUUUGCUGAUGAGAAUUUCUCAGUUAGUGUGAGCAAGUCAGCCAAUGAGGUUGUUGCUACCUAUACGAAGGAUGAAACUGGCAUGGAUUUAGUAAUUCGUCUUCCUGCAUCUUACCCAUUGCGUGCUGUGGACGUUGAUUGCCCUAGGAGUCUUGGCAUUAGCGAACUGAAGCAAAGGAAAUGGUUGAUGUCUAUGCUGUUAUUUGUUCGUAAUCAGAAUGGAGCUUUAGCUGAAUCAAUACGCAUCUGGAAGAGCAAUUUUGACAAGGAAUUUGAAGGUGUUGAGGAGUGCCCUAUCUGUUACAGUGUCAUCCACACAGCCAACCACAGCCUUCCACGCCUGGCCUGCAGGACUUGCAAGCACAAGUUCCAUUCUGCUUGCAUGUACAAGUGGUUCUCCACUUCUCACAAAUCAACUUGCCCAUUGUGCCAGUCUCCAUUUUGACCAGAUUUAGUUUCGGGUUUAUGGUCUCUGUCGAUUUUUGCUUCUCCAACUGUAACUUCACCUAUUUGUGCAAAUGAAGCCAAGGUUGAUUUAAUUGCCAGAGCUGGACCAUAAGAUUAGGGCAGCAUAAUCUCUCUCUCUCUCUCUCUCUCUCUCUCUCUUGACACGGGUGCCAACACAUACAAAUACACAAGACCCCCACCCCUUUCCAACCAGAAAAGUGAUAGCAAUAACGUUCAAGGAUAUUCCCGAAAAUCCAACUAAGUAUGCUUCCAACGGUAGGCACUAGGCAGUUGCCCUUCCCUUGAGUACUUUGGGGAGUCCAGUCACAACCACUUGUCUGGCUCACACCUUGCCUGUCUGGCUGUCUGCAAUACUUGUUCAUAUAAUAAACCUUGUUUACAGGAUUGAGUCGCAGCGAUCGGUAUGCUUGAGACACAGCAGGCCCCUAGUCCUGUAAAGCGAAGACAAAAAUAGAAUUUUGAAAGUGUAGAGUUGUGAAAAAUCUGUUUCGGGAUCCGAUAAAAUAUGCUUUUUUGACAUCGCGUUUUCUUUUCAGUAGGGUGGUCAUGGAAAUUCAGAAUGCCGAAUUUAUAUAUAAAUGUAAAGUUGUGGAAAUUUUGUUUCAUUAUUGUUGAAUUUGAGUUGACCCAGAGGAAUUAUUUUCCCUU